GGGCAUUGGCCUUCACCGCAUCGUAGCCAGGUCUUGGUUUGCUUGUGAAUCCACUGCCACUCCUGGGCAUCGUGUAUUUACUGUUCACUAUCUCACCUCGAUGGAGAGCUCUGUAUCGCCGACUACAUCUCAUCCCCUCCCUCCACUCGCUUCCUCCAUGAUUCAGAGUAUGUGGUUGUCUUGUAUAUAAUUAUCCAGAUUCACCUCGGUCGAGUAGUCCUGUCUCCUCCCUCCUACCGCCCUCGGAGCUGAAUUACUGUGCCGCGAUCCUUUGAAGCUCUACAACACCAUAAUUCCCGCGUCAGCGGCCCUCUUCCUCCCUUCUCCUCUGACACAACCUUCUCAGAACCGCAACAUUCAUCAUGUCUGCCACUCCAACUUCCACUGCGGCGGCCCCUGCGCAUACCGUUCCCCACCAAGGAGGAGUACUGGAUGGGAUCAACCCGACUCAUUAUGAUACCAAGAAUCCCCUCGUCUUGUUUAUCAUUCAGGUACGUUGGUCCAAAUCUGGUUGAUGUAGUUGCACACCCGAAUACCGACAGAGUGGUUUAUACGGCAGUACUCGUACCGAGCACCUCGCUAGUGAAACGGUUACUCUGUACUUGGUGCCUGCAGUGUGGAAAUACAAAAAAGAACUUGGCUAAUAAUGUGUUUUGCAGGCCGGUAUCAUUAUAAUUUUCUGCCGACUCCUACAUUAUCCUCUCUCCAAGAUGCGCCAGCCUCGAGUCAUCGCGGAAGUCAUUGGGGGAAUCAUACUGGGCCCUUCGGUAUUGAUGCGAAUUCCCGGCUUCGAGGCUGCCAUAUUUCCACCAGCCGCCAUGCCAAAUCUAAAUCUGGUAGCGAAUAUUGGUCUGAUCCUCUUCCUCUUUUUGGUCGGAUUGGAAGUCAAUAUGCGCAUGUUCUUGUCAAAUUGGCGUAUAGCGUUGAGUGUUGGAUUCGCAGGAAUGAUGUUGCCUUUUGGUUUAGGUGCUGCCAUUGCAUGGGGUUUAUACCAUACCUUCAGAAACGACCCCAACACUGUCGUCAUGGAUUUUGCGGUUUAUAUGUUGUUCAUUGGAACCGCUCUGUCGAUUACCGCUUUUCCAGUGCUUUGCCGCAUUCUGACCGAACUGAAGCUUUUGGGAACGGCAGUUGGUGUGACCGUCUUGGCCGCCGGUGUUGGUAACGAUGUGGUAGGUUGGAUCCUUCUGGCACUCUGUGUGGCCUUGGUGAACAACGGCUCCGGAAUUACAGCACUCUACGUCUUGCUUUGCUGUGUGGCUUGGAUUCUCUUUUUGGUUUUCGCGGUUCGUCCGGUAUUUAUCCGGGUUCUCCGACGCUCUGGAAGUCUUCAAAACGGUCCAACCCAAUCUAUGGUCGCCCUUACCCUUCUAUUGGUACUCUUGUCUUCUUGGUUCACCGCAAUCAUCGGUGUCCAUGCCAUUUUUGGAGGUAUGUAAUUGUCUGUUACUAUGGACGUAAAUUUACUAAUGCCUGACAGCUUUUUUGAUGGGAUUGAUUUGUCCUCACGAUGGUGGUUUUGCAAUCAAACUUACUGAGAAACUCGAGGAUUUGGUUACGGUUCUCCUCCUUCCUCUCUACUUUGCUCUAUCUGGUUUAAGCACCAACAUUGGACUGUUGAACGAUGGCAUCACAUGGGCUUACGUUAUUGGGGUUUGUACUAUUGCUUUCGCGGGCAAGAUCAUCGGUGGCACUUUAGCUGCUAGAGCUUGUAAACUCGUUUGGCGAGAGAGCUUGACCAUCGGUGUGUUGAUGAGUUGCAAGGGUCUUGUUGAGUUGAUUGUUUUGGUGAGUUUCCUUAUAAUCAAUUCAUUCCAUUUCAUGCUGAUAUUUGUUAGAACAUCGGUCUGCAAGCGAGGAUUCUUUCCACCAGAACUUUUACCAUCUUCGUUGUCAUGGCACUUAUCACCACUGUCACAACCACACCCUUGACUCACGCACUCUAUCCACCAUGGUAUCAAAAGAAGCUUGAGGCUUGGAAAAGGGGAGAAAUUGACUGGGAUGGCAAUCAGCUUAUUGCCGAUUCUACCCCAGAAAACUCCUUGGAGAAGAUUCGCAGCACCCAAGUUCGUAAGGUCUUGGUAUACCUACGUCUUGAUAGUUUGCCUAGUUUGUUUACUUUCAUCUCGUUGCUUGGUGGGGAUAAGGGUUCCACUGCUACCAAGGUCCAUCGUAACAAGCUUUCUCUUGCCUCUGUUCCUGAAGGCAGCGAAACCACUUCUGAAACAAGUUCAACCGGGCCACCAAAACGACCACUCGAAGUACAUGGUGUGAGAGUCGUCGAGUUGACAGAACGAACAUCUUCGGUCAUGAAGGUUUCGGAGCAAGACGAGUAUGCUUACCGGGAUCCUGUCGUCAAUGCUUUCAGAACUUUCGCUCAACUCAACAAUGUGUCCGUCUCUGGAGAAGUCGCAAUUGUCCCCGAAGCUUCAUUCGCGGAAACUCUCUCUACGCAGGCAACCGAUCAUUCUUCAGACUUGGUCUUGAUUCCAUGGAGUCAGACUGGUCAUGUUUCCGAAAUCGAUAGCAAUAAAGACAACAUCUCCAGUGGUUUACAGGAUUUUUUUAUACGCAAGACGCUCGAAAGUGCUACGACGAACACCGCCGUCUUUUAUAACCGUGGCUUUGGUGGUCCUUCGGUGAACCAACCCAAAACCCUUACACGUUCUGCAAGUGGGCUCAGUCUCGCAAGUCAUCGUGAUCGUACGACUGCGCCUAUUGCUGAUCGAAGUCAUCACGUAUACUUCCCAUUUUUUGGAGGUGCUGAUGACCGAGUCGCCCUUCGAUUCGUUUUGCAGCUUGCAGUAAACAGCAACAUAACUGCCACAAUCAUUCACUUCAAGUUACCUCUGCACUCUACCAAGGUUCCCGAAGUUACGACUACUGACUCUCCUCGUGUCUCCACUUCAGGCGGUUCAAGUGGCUCGAAACUCGAACUCACCGCAAGAUUGGACACGGAAGAUCUUCAGACCACGGCUGCACAAGAUACCACCCUUUUACACACUCUCCGCGAUUCCCUCCCCUUGGCUCUCGCAAACCGUGUCGUCUUUAUCGAAGUAUCAAGCUCCACGCCGAUCGCCGACUGCAUCGAGCACGCCAAGAAAGAGAUUGGUCAAUCGCCCAAGAACGCGGGUGAUUUGAUUGUGGUUGGACGAGGAAGACAUGUUCGCCUAUCGGAUAUUGAGAACCAUGGUGUUGCUGGGUCUGACAUGCGUAGGACCUUGGGUGUUCUUGCUGAAUCUCUGAUUUCUAGUGGUGUCAACGGUAGCGUUUUGGUUAUGAAGGCUGGUGGGCAGGAAGUGGAUGCAUAGGAUUGAUUAUUCCCCCAUUCAUUUUUUGGCGUUCUUUUGAAUGAAAUUUUGGGUUAAUGUUUUGGGGGUGUUCCGUUGAUUUCGUCUUCUUCAAUCUAGUUUGGGUCCCGAAUCUGGAAUGAGUAGCAAGACUAGAUGAGGGGAUUUAUAUGGGGGAUGGCGUUGGGUUGGGCAGGACAGACACUGGGUGACACUGUCUAGGUCCGUAGCUUUGCUUUUGAUUUUGCUUUCGAGGAUGGAUUCCCCUUUUUUUUGAUCGUCUUGUCUUGUCUAUGGUUG